AUGGAUGCUUCAACCGAAAUUGUUCAAGAUCCUAACUUAUCAAUAAAGAAAAAACUCCUUGCAAAAGCAUUGAAAAAUGAAAUAAAGUGCAGCACUCUUCUUCAAAGGAAUUCUCCAUGUAUUUCUAAUGCGAAAGCACCCAAACUUAUCCUUAAAAAUGUUUUAGAUAAGGAUGAUAAAAAGAGUUGCUUGCUAACUGAACGAACAAGAAAAAUAAAAAAAUUAGAAUCAAGAAUCUCAGGGAGUGAAACAACAAGAUCUCUUAGCAGAAAGCAAGAAAUUCAAAAAAGCAAAAAACCUGCUAGAGACUUAAGGAGUAUAACUCCAAUAAAUAAGAAAGAGACCAAUUUUAAUAAAAAUCCUUUGAAAAACAAAGAAAUUUCUCUAUCCAAACCACAAUCACUUGCAAAGUUAGAGGGAUAUUUUUCAGAAAUAUGCAGCUCUAUUGAAUCAACUUCAAAAAUUGAGGAUAAAUUAAUGCAAAAAGCAGAGUAUAUGCAAGAAACUUUAAAAGAGUGCCUUACAGCUGUUCCUGAUUUAUCACUUCAAUUUUAUAUAUUAAUGUCGUCAAUCUUAAGGGAAAUUCAAGACAUUUAUAGGGAAAAAUCAUACGAUAAUGUAUGUGUUCUUGCACAAAAGCUACUGCAAUUAGGAUUGUAUUUAGAAAAUAAUAAAUUUCUCCAGAAAAAUAAGCCAAAAGAUAUUAAAGAGGAGCUUUUGGCAGAUUUUAAUGAAAAAAUCUCUAAGAAUGAUCAAGACUUAGAGGCGACAGCUACAUUUAACGAAGGCGAGCUUCAGUCAAUAAAAGAACAAUCUAGUAAUAUGACAAUUUCAGAUAAUAAUGGAGAUUCUCUGCUUGAUGUAAGCUUUUCAGAUAAAAUUGUUAAUAUAACAUUUUCUCCUAAAGGUGAGAAAUAUAAUGAAGAAGAUUUUAUUCACAGCUCUUCAAUAGUUACUAGAACUGAACCAACUCCAAAAUCUCAAAAACAAAAAAAUAUCUCAAUUUCUUUUGCAAAUCCAUUAAGUUCAUUUAAUAAAGACAUAAAGAAUCAUCGAAGAAUUAUUUCUUCACAACCAAAGAAAAAUAUUUCUCAUGACUUCAAAAACUGUCUGGACCAUAAUUUUCUACCAUUAGAAAAAUUCAAAGAAUUUUUAUCAGGAAAAAUCUCCGUUAAAAUAAAUGAACUUAAAGCGCAAAAAUACGACCCAAUCAAACUAAAAAAUGAAGUUUAUAGCAAUGCUAUUGAAAAAAGAGAAGAGUUGCUUAAAGAGGCUAAGGGUGAUUUUGAAGAUAUAGAGGUAAUAAUUAUGAGCAAGCCUGGAUAUGAAAAAAGGUUCAGCGCUGAAGUUAUUCGGACACAAAGAAAUUUUGAGGAGUCAAAUAGAAGAAAGCAGAGUGUUAAUUGGACAGCUAAAGACAUCCAUAAUAAGAAGCGAAAACUUGAAGCUGUUUUAAAUAGAUUUAAAAGAUAUAGUGUUAUCUCCUAUAUAGCCCUAAAGGGCUGUGGACUCUGUCCGUAAUCCUUUGGCUGGUGGAACCAACAAGAGUUAGUCCGACCAACGUACUAAGUUGGUUGCACCAGCCAAAGGAUUCCAGACAGAAUUCACAGCCCUUAUAGGCAUAUAUAGGGGAAAACUCUAUAA